AUGACACACCAAAAAGGCAAUAUACUUGAACUUGAAGGAUAUUUAAACCAAAAGACUCGAGUUCGCAUAAGAGAUGGAAGGGUAUUCAUUGGCAAGUUUGUUUGCAUUGACAAGCAAAAGAAUAUUAUAUUGUCUCAAGCUAAUGAGUACAGAGGAGGUGAGCUCUACUUAGAUAGCUAA